UUCGUUAGGCCAAAUAUAGCUGUUAUCAGCACAGCACCAUGAGUGUGCAGUUUAACAGGGUGAGCCCUGAGUGAGUCAUCAACGCAUGUGAAGUGUAACUGAAUGUGUCAGUUACACUUCCGGUGGCAGGGAGAAACCGUUGAGAAAAGAAUUGACCUCAGCUCACCCAGCAGAAGAUUCCUCUCAAUCCGAUUUAUCAAACAUGCUCAGCAUCAUCAUGGCUCACAAGACGGAAGUAAAAAAAAUGAAGAAGAAUAAAGAAGAGAGCGGGAUAAGUAGGAUGAUUGUCUAGUGGAGUAAAGACAACAACGGGACGACUCGAGGACCAACAAGGGAAACGGAACAAUGAUUGUGGUUUUUCUGCUCUGUGUCGUUGCAGGUAUGCCAGCAUCCGGCCAAAUUCGGGACGUGUGCCCCACCUGCCAUCGUGACGCCAAAUGUGACGACAAGCCAGACGGCUCUGGCAAAGUUUGUAACUGCAAGUAUGGAUUUGUAGGAAAUGGAAUAACAUUCUGUCAAGAUAAAGAUGAGUGCCAGAUAGGAGCCAUGAAGAUCUGUGGGCAGCACACAAAAUGCCACAACACAUAUGGCAGCUAUGACUGUACCUGCCUUUCUGGCUACAACCCUUCAAACAACAUGACCAUCUUCAUCCCAAAUGAUGGAACCCACUGCCAGGACAUUGAUGAGUGCAGGAUAACAGGGCUGUGUGGAGAUGGAGGUCGGUGCAGGAACCUGGAUGGCAGCUUUGAAUGCAGCUGUCAGGUGGGAUACCAAGUCGAAGAUGGAACAGAACCUUUUCAUCCUCAAAGAGACAAGGCCUCCUGCAAAGUGGUUGACUGUGGCCAGCCUGCCUCGGUGGAGGACACAGUGCUGCUGUCGGCCACAGGGACCACAUAUGGCAGCGUAGCCACGUGGGUCUGUGAUGAAGGCUUCAUCUGGGGGAGUGGACACAACACCUCUGUGUGUGGAGCUGAUGGACUGUGGAGUGGACCAACUAUGGUCUGUGAAGAGGUGGACUGUGGCUCCCCCGCUGCUCGCCCUCACUCUCAAAUGCUGUGGAAUAAGAGCUCCAGGGUGGGCUCUGAGGUGGUUUAUCAGUGUAACUCUGGCUAUCAUAAUGUUGGAAAGGGAAAUGUCUCCAGUUGUACCACUGCUGGACAGUGGGAAGAGCCGCCGGUGCUUUGCCAAGAGACUUUGUGUGGAAGUCCUCCUCUAAGUGAAUCCACUGAGCACAUCUGGAACGGUAGCACAGCUCCUGGCAGCACUGUGCAAUAUUUCUGUAAAACAGGUUUUCUUACCAGAGGAGGACAUAAUAUAUCAGUCUGUAAAGAAAACGGUCAGUGGACACCCCCGACUCUGGUAUGCCAAGAGAUAUCAUGUGGGGAUCCUCCUACAGUUCCCCACACUGGGCAAGUGAGGAAUGGCAGUUCCACCCCUGGAAGCCAUGUGACUUACUACUGUAAAAUAGGAUUUAAUCACAGUGAAGGAAACAAUGUGUCAUUGUGCACAAUUAACGGUUCCUGGACAAAACCAAACAUCUCAUGUAAAGAAGUUCGAUGUGGCCCACCCCCCUCCAUCCCUCACACAACCAUACAGUGGGAUAAAAUUCCCACUGUGGGCUCUCAAGUUGUGUAUCAGUGUAAAGCUGGAUAUCGCAGUGUUGGAGAUGGAAAUAUAUCAGUUUGUACUGCCAGAGGAGAAUGGGAUGAGGCAUCUCUGCUGUGUCACGAAAUCAAUUGUCAAGAGCCUGUUCAUAAACCUCACUCUAAAACACUGUGGGAUGGCACAACGCACAUUGGCAGUGUGGUGUCUUACCAAUGUGAUGAAGGAUAUCACAGCAGGGGCCUGAAUAACAACUCAGUAUGUGGAGAGAGUGGACUUUGGGAGGAUAUAGAUCUGUGGUGUGAAGAAAUAAGCUGCGGCCCCCCACUAAUCCAACCCCGUACUAACAUCCUGUGGGACCGCACCAGCAGGCCGGGCAGCGUGCUGUUGUAUGAGUGUAUGGAUGGAUUUUACCCGGAGAGUGGAACAAAUAUUUCAGUAUGUUCAUUAUCAGGAGAGUGGGGGGAAAUAUCUAUAAAGUGCCAAGCUAAAUGUGGCCCAGUUCCCUUCCUUGCCAACUCAGAGGUGGUGUGGCAUAACAGAAGUGUAGUGAUCCACCGCUGUGUGGAUGGAUAUCACAGCUGGAGGGGCCGCAGCGUCUCGGUGUGUGGCAGCUCCGGGACGUGGCAGACAGCUACUCUGAGAUGUAUAGAAAUAAAGCCAGCUAUCAGUCAUGUUCAUUUUCUCAAUGAAAAAUGUGUACAUUGGAAAGCAGAGAAAUAUGAAGAGGACUCAGAAGACUACAGGGUGACAUACACAGGUACCAGAGACUACCAGAGGUCUUUUCGUGAUGAAAUGAAGCAGUAUCUGAGCUCCAAGGCCGAGGAGCUGAAACUCUGUCUCCUCCUGCUUCCAGCCACAAACUACAGCAUCUCCAUCACUGCACUGUCCUCCAGAUUCACAGCCUCCAUCACCACUAACACCAGUGUACCAGAGCCUCCAGUACCGGUUGUUUACUACAGAGAAUUUGAGACUCCUGUACCAACUUUGAGGCUAACAAGAUCAGCCAACUCACUGGACCCAAUAAGUUUGUACCAAGUGUUAGUUCUUCCUGUAGAGGGCAUAAUGGUGUUUGACUGCUCUUCUCCUGGAAGCACUGACCCCUUAAGCAAAAACAACUUCUCUUCCGAGUACAUUACUGCCCAGAUCCUCAUCGGACAGGUCGGGACACAGAUGGACUUUACUGUUGGGGAUGGACUCUACUAUGGAGGUUUCUACAAUGCACCCCUGAAGAAGGGCAGGACCUAUUACAUCAUCUUACGAGCCGUCAGCCAGUGGAAAACAACUUUAAAGAGUUCCUGUGUCCUGUGGGCUAAAGUGAUAGGUACAUCCUAUGUCCUGAUGGUGUCUUCACUCUCUGCAGCUGCUGCAGUAGGACUGGUUGCUUUCGCCAUUUUGAUUGGAUACAGUUGCAUGUGGCUGUUCAAGAAGACAUGACUCCCUUCAACACUGAUGAUCUGCGAAAUACAUGUCUUGAUUUUCUGCCUGUCAUUUUUUUACAUUUGAUAAAAGAUAAAUAAACUUUG